AUGGGUUUUAAAUUAGUGAUUUUAAGCCCAUUUAGUAAUAUAUUUUGGGCCCAUCAAUCCAUUAAAGCACACUGAACUCUGAAGGCAUCACUGUUGUAGCAAAUUGGCUUAAACUUCUUCUUCUUCUUCAGCGCUCGAUAAUGGCUGCUCCCGAUGAUUCCUCUCACUAUUUCACCGAGUUUACCUUGGCCGAGAUUGUAGACAUGGAGAAUCUGUAUAAGGAGCUCGGUGAUCAAUCUCUCCACAAAGAUUUCUGUCAAACUGUUGCCUCCACUUUUAGUUGUUCUGUGAAUCGGAAUGGAAAAUCCACGGUAACCUGGAAACAGAUACAGACUUGGUUCCAGGAGAAGCUGAAGCAGAAAUCUCAACCCAAAUUCAAAACUUUGCCAUCUCCCCCUUUGCAGAUUCAUGACUUAUCUAAUCCCAGUUGUUAUGCUGCAAAUGCUACCUUUGUUGGGAGUUCUACCUUUGUUCAAACACGAAAAGGUAAGGCCUCUGAUUUAGCUGAUCUGGCUUUUGAGGCUAAAUCAGCGCGGGACAACGCGUGGUAUGACGUGUCUUCGUUCCUUACUUAUAGAGUUCUUCGAACUGGUGAACUGGAAGUGCGUGUACGCUUUUCUGGGUUCGACAACCGACACGAUGAGUGGGUAAAUGUCAAAACAUCAGUGCGUGAGCGGUCUAUUCCUGUAGAACCAUCAGAGUGUGGGAGAGUGAAUGUUGGAGACCUGCUUCUAUGUUUCCAAGAAAGGGAGGAUCAAGCACUGUACUGUGAUGGUCAUGUUGUGAAUAUCAAGAGAGGGAUUCAUGAUCACGGGAGAUGUAACUGCGUGUUUCUUGUUCGCUACGACCUUGACAAUACAGAGGAACCGCUGGGAUUAGAAAGAAUUUGCCGCCGCCCUGAUGAGUGAAUCUGUUUGGUUCUGAAGUCAUCUUUGGAAGAUGCAGUAAACUAUGACCAGAUAGUAUAUGAUUAACACAAAUAAGGAAGAAAAUGCUCAUGUAUAGACUCCACUACUACCCACGGGACCUGAGAAUGUGUGUUAGCUUUUUCUGCCAAUUAUGUGGAAUAAAGUGCAAAAAGGGCU